AUGAAUGUCAAGCAUGCCGAGCUUGACAAGAAGUUCCUGAAAUCGAUCAGCACUCAAACCUUUAGUGAAAACGUCUGCAAGUUGCUCGAUCGUUGCGAUCUUGGAGGGAAGAAUAUCGCCAGCAAGAACUCGUUCUCCAACAAAAUAACAGUCCAUUUCAACAUGCUUGGUGCGUUUAUGGAAAACAGGGUUAGCAGUGAUGCGCAAGGCAGCUUGAUUAUCACAAAAGAGAGGGGUAGGAGCACGCAAGGGAUGACCAAGUUCGGCCGAAAGCCACCGCAACCAAAUGAGCUCACUGACAGUGACGGCCAUGGCACGAUACUCAGCCUCAGCAGAAGAACGUGCAACAACUGA